AUGAUGAGCGAGAACCCCCUGCCCGUCAUCCCCGCAGAAACACUUGAAGGCGCGCGAAAAGAAAAUCCAACCAAUGUCGCACUCAAGGUGUUCGAGAAACUUAAUGCAGCUUUGGCGAAGGAUGAUGGAGAAGAUGUCAAGGACUGCUUCUUUGCCGACCAAGCAUUCUGGAAGGACCAGCUCGCGCUAACGUAUCAUCUGCGCACAUUUUCCACCCCUGAAACCAUUGCUUUGAGUUUGUUGGAGACUGAAAAGCUAAGAAGCAUUCUUGGAGGCAUUCAUCUGAGCGGCGAAGCCCAGUUCAUACCCGCAACUCCAACCCUUCAAUUCAUCAAUUGCGUGGCCACUUUCAAGACUGCUUCGCCAGCGGCAACAUGCAGCGGUAGGCUUGUACUCCUUCCAGUCAAGGCAAAGACGGACGAUUUUAAAGAGGCUUUGGAGUGGAAGAUUUGGAUCUUGAGUACCAAACUUGAGAGCUUGAAGGAUCAUCCUGAGAAUGAGGUAUUGCUCAAGGCUUCUAGAAGAGAACUCAAAGGGCUGGAGACGUUCAAAACGGAUGUUUUGAUCAUUGGUGGCGGGAAUGCAGCGUUCACUCUUGCUGCACGCCUCAAGGCUUUGGGCGUCGACAGUGUCAUGAUCGAAAGGAACGCUAGACCUGGAGACAAUUGGGCUCUCAGAUACGAUUCCCUGAAGUUUCAUGUUCCGACAUCUAUGUGCGAGCUUCCUUAUAUGAACUAUGACAAGAAGCUCCUAGCGCCGCACCUACUCACCAAAGACGAUCUGGCGGAGCAAGCCCGUCGGUAUGUGGCAGCUAUGAACCUCAACUUUGUCAGCUCCGCCAAGAUCAAGUCAACCGUUUAUGACCAGUCCAAAGACCAGUGGAGAAUCAAGUUCAAUACUCCUGAUGGGGAGCACACUGCCAUUGCAAAGCAUCUGGUUCAGGCAACUGGAGUCUCCUCCCAAAAGCCUUACACCCCAGAGAUUCCGGGCAGACAGAUCUACAAGGGUGUUAGCGUUCACUCGGCCGACUACAAGAAUGCCGUCGAACUCAGAGAAAGGGGCCUCAAAUCCGCCCUUAUCAUCGGCUCUGCCAACACCGCGUUUGACUUGCUCCAAGAUUGCUGCGACGCUGGUCUUCAGACAACGAUGGUAGUUCGCUCCCCAACCUACAUUGUCCCACUUGAUUAUAUAUGCAACCCUCAAAGUCUCGGCGCAUACGACUUGGGUGUUGAAGCUAGUGACAGAAUGUUUCUCACGCUUCCAGCGUGUGUAGACGGCCAGUUUGGUCGUGGCCUGUUCGCUCAAUUUGCACAACAAGAACCAGAUCGCUACUCAGCUCUAGCUGAAGCCGGCUUCCCCGUACUCGACAGCCGUGAUCCCGAUUGCGCGUUGAUGCACAACCUGCUCGAGCGUGCUGGAGGACACUAUGUUGACGCAGGUGCCACGAGACUUAUUGUAGAGAGGAGAGCCGGCAUCAAAGCAGGAGCUGAGCCAGUGGCUUUCACUAGCACAGGUCUUCGGUUUUCAGACGGCACUACGGCCGACGCAGACGCUGUCAUCUGGUGUACGGGAUUCGCAGACAAGGAUGCCCGAGCAACUGCUGCCGAGAUUCUUGGUGAAGGGGAGACCAACGGUUUUGGACCUGGCGUGGAUGGAAAUAAGAAUAUCCUCGGGCCUCGAGACAUCGCCGCUCGUCUGGAUCCUACCUGGAAUCUCGACGACGAAGUCGUCGGUGGUGGUGCAGCUGGCGCCCACGCUGCCGUAUGGCUACGCGACCACAACCAGAGCGUGGUUCUCGUCGAAAGAUCUAACCAACUUGGUGGCCACACGGCUUCCUAUCAUGAUCCGGCUUCGGGAAAGUCCAUCAACAUCGGUGUUCAAGCUUGGAUGGAGUACAAGAACACCUUCGACUUCGUCCAUCGCAUGAAUGUAACAACAAGUGGUGUGAUGCAGUUCACCACACUCGAUUACAAAUACAUCGACUUCAGAACAGGCCAGCCGACCAAUUUCACAGCUCCGGCGGCUGACGAAAUGUAUUCAGCCUUGCAGAGGUAUCUCGAUGCUAUUCUGCCCUACGAAGAUAUGGUACUUCCGGGCUUCGAGGGGUUUCCCAAUCCUGAGAAUAUUCCCGAAGACCUGUUAAUGCCAUUUAUUGACUUUGUCGAGAAGUACAACCUUGAGGCCGCUGUUCCUCAAAUCUGGGACUCCACCGCCCAAGGAAUUGGCAACACCAUGGACGUUCCUACAUUGUUCGUGAUCCAGGCUUCCGGCAUUCCCAUGGUACGCGCUUUGCUAGGCACCGCUGCCGCAGCUACUCCAGAAUCAGGCCGUUUGUAUGACCUUUAUGAAGCUAUUGCAGGACUUUUAGGCGACGACGUACUGUACUCAAGCACAGUUUCCUCGUCCAUCCGUACCGCUGAGGGUGUGUCGUUGAUGGUAACUAAUGCAGAUGGCAAUGUUUGCAUCAAAGCGAAGCGUAUGCUGAUCGCAUUUGAGCCGACCGCCGAAAAUAUGGCACCUUUCGAUAUUGACGAUUCUGAGUCCGAGGUUUUUGAGAAGUUCGGAUUCGCCACAGUUUACGCUGGUGUUCUUCGACAUCCAUCUCUCCAGGCAAGCACUGCCUAUUCCAAUCGAUUACCCGAGACCGGAGCCAGCAACAAUACCGUCUUUCCAAAACCAUCACAAGUCGGUCGAAUCGACUAUAUCGGCGGUACUGAGGAUCUAUUCCAGUUCACUGCUGUUGGCACCGAGGGGGAUACUUCCGAAACUAUGAAAAACCUCAUCACCCAACGUAUCGAUGCCAUGAUUGAAGCUGGUACAAUUCCCCAAAUUAACGAUACGGUCACCUUCCCCGCCUUUGCGAACCACGGCAAAAUGCACCCUCGUGUCACGGCAGAGGAUCUUCAUGCUGGUUUCAUCCAAAAGCAGCUCGCCCUUCAGGGUCACCUGUCAACCUGGUACACAGGUGCAGCUUUUUCUGCCGGUUUCUCAACUGUUGUUUGGGAGUACAACAACAUUCUUCUACCAAAUAUGAUUCAAGGAAUCUAG